GGGGGGGGGGGGCCUGAGCGCGACGGCGGCGGCAGCGGAGCCAUGAAGACUCCGGCGGACGCAGGGUUCGCGUUCCCGGACUGGGCGUACAAGGCGGAGUCGAGCCCCGGCUCCCGGCAGAUCCAGCUCUGGCACUUCAUCCUGGAGCUGCUGCGGCAGGAGCGGUACCGGGAGCUCAUCGCCUGGCAGGGCGACUGCGGCGAGUUCGUCAUCAAGGACCCGGACGAGGUGGCGCGGCUCUGGGGCGUGCGCAAGUGCAAGCCCCACAUGAACUACGACAAGCUCAGCCGCGCCCUCAGAUACUACUACAACAAGCGCAUCCUUCACAAGACCAAGGGCAAACGCUUCACCUACAAGUUCAACUUCAACAAGCUGGUGCUGGUCAAUUACCCCUUCAUUGAUGUGGGGCUCGCAGGCCCGCCGCUGCCGCAGAGCGCCCCCCCGCUGCCCUCGGUGGGGGGGGCGGCGGUGGGGGGGGGGCCCCCCCCAUUUCUGCUUCCCCCCCCCCCACACUUUGGCCGGCCCCUCCCCCACCGCCUCGGAGGGGCUCUCCCCUCCCCCCCCCCCCGGAUGCCGCCAUCGUGGGGCCCCCCCCUUCAUCAUCCUCCUCAUCAUCCUCCUUUUCCCGCCGCCUCGGAAGCGACGGCUCCGAAUUGGAAGAAGGGGGGGGGACGGACCCCCCCAUCCCCCCUCUCCCCCCCACCCCCUCCCCCCACUUUCAGGAGGGGGGGGGGGAGGGGCAUCUUUCCGCCCCCUCCCCCCUCCCCCCCCUCCUCGCUUGACCCCGGAUGCCCUUUAUCGCCUUUACCCCCCUCCCCGCGACCCUUUUGGGGGGGGGGGGGAGGAGGAGGAGGAGGAGGAGGGGGGGGUCUCCUCCCCCCCCCGUUGUCCCCAGCGUUGCCGCUGACCCCCCCCCACGUGGGGUUCGCCCCAUCGCCCACCCUGAGCCCCUUGUUCCCCGCGGGGGGGUCCCAUUUCUCCUUUAGCCCCGAAGACCUCAAGAGGGCGCUGGCGGCGCAGACCCGCAGUGUCUAUAGUUACCACCUGAGCCCCCGAGCCUUCCUCCCCUGCCCCGGCCUCCUGCUGCCCCCCCCUCCAUCGUGUCCCCCCCCCCCAGCACCCCCAUUCCGAGACCCCUUUCCCCUUCAAGCUUCAACCCCCCCCACCGGGAAGGAGGCAGCGGGAGAAAGCGCAUCCCCCCCCCCCCACCUCCUCCUCCUCCUCCUCCAUCAUCAUCAUCAUCAUCAUCAUCACCCCCCCCUCCAUCAUCAUCCACCGGAGCCCCCCCAUAUUAAAGUGGAGCCGGUCUCGGAGGAGGAGACGGUGGAAGUGACGGACCUGAGCGAGGAGGAGGAGGAGGAGGAGGAGGAUGAAGUCUUCAAAAACGGCUUCAUGUAA